CCGGCUGAAAAUCCACCUGGUUGUCAGUUUGGUCAUGAUGGUGACUCUGGGGAUCUUAGUUGCUGUUGCUGUGCUUCUGGAGACGGUCUCUGCGACCUCUCUGGGGGUGGUGUACACAGAAGGAGGGCUGGUGGAGGGGAAAAACAUUCGUCUUGGCUUUCGCCGUCACAUGGACAUCUUCAAGGGAGUUCCCUUUGCUGAUAUGCCUGGAAGGUUUGAGAAACCAAAGCGUCACCCUGGCUGGGGCGGUGUUUUGAAAGCCACUGAGUUCAGGCCAAGGUGCCUUCAGCCGAACCUUAUCUCAACUGACUCAAGAGGCAGUGAGGACUGUCUUUAUCUUAACAUUUGGGUUCCUCACGGCAGCUCAGUGGCCAAAGAUUUACCUGUCAUGGUCUGGAUUUAUGGAGGAGCCUUCUUGGUUGGAGGCUCAAUGGGUGCUAAUUUCCUUGAUAACUAUCUGUAUGAUGGGCAGGAGAUCGCAGAAAGAGGAAAAGUUAUUGUGGUGACGCUGGGGUACCGUUUGGGAACUCUGGGCUUCCUGAGCACUGGAGACUCCAGUAUGCCUGGAAAUUAUGGUCUGUGGGACCAGCAAGCUGCCAUUGCCUGGGUGCACAGAAACAUCCGCUCAUUUGGAGGAGACCCUGACAACAUCACCAUCUUUGGAGAGUCUGCAGGUGGAGCUAGUGUCAGCUUCCAGACUAUUACUCCCCACAACAAAGGACUGUUCAAGAGAGCCAUCUCCCAGAGUGGGGUCUCUCUUUGCCCUUGGGCUGUCAACAGAAACCCCCGCAGGUUUGCUGAGGAGGUGGCUUUGAAGGUCAAUUGCCCCAUUGAUGACACUAUGGCUGCCUGCUUAAAGAUGACUGAUCCUGUGCAACUAACAAUGGCAGGCUUCAUCGAUAUGAACAGCUCCCCUGAUAGCCCUAUUGUGAACAACCUGGUCCUGGCUGCUGUGAUUGAUGGCGACUUCUUACCGGAUGAGCCUUCCAACUUGUUUCACAACGCGGCCGACAUUGAUUACAUUGCCGGAGUCAACGACAUGGACGGACAUAUCUUCAGUGGUGUUGAUUUUCCAUCCAUCAACUCCAUUAAUAUUAACACUCCUCUUGAGGAUGUGAAGAGACUCUUGGCUGCCCACACUAAGGAGAAGGGGGCAGCUGGUUAUCAAAAUGCCUACUCCACAUACUCCUCAGCCUGGGAUAAUCCCAGUAAUCCCAGCCAGACGACUAUCAAGAAAACUAUUGUGGAGAUUGGAACAGACUACAUUUUCCUGGUUCCUAUACAGGCUGCACUUUAUCUUCAUGCUUCCAAUGCUGGAACUGGACGUACCUACUCCUACGUCCUCACUGAGCCCAACCGUAUGGGUGGCUUGUUAAAACCCUACCCCAGCUGGAUGGGAGCUGACCACGCUGAUGACCUGCAGUUCGUGUUCGGAAAGCCCUAUACCACACCGAUAGGGUACUGGCCUCGUCAUCGAGACCUCUCUGGCUACAUGAUUGCCUACUGGACCAACUUUGCCAAAACCGGAGAUCCCAACAACGGAGACCUGAAAGUCCCUGCUACCUGGCCCAGAUUCACCGGUGAUGGAGCCCAGUAUCUGGAGAUCCAUAAUAAAAUGAACAAAAACUACAUAAAACAGAGGAUGAGGCUGCGUUAUGUGAAUUUUUGGACCAGCAUCCUGCCCAACCUCCCCACAAUUGCCUCAGAAUAAAGAGCCUGUGGUCACCUAUGCACCUGCAGGUCAAUGUCAUGUCAGUAUUCAGAAAAUAAAUAAAUAAAUCACAGCAGCAUA